GAAAAGAGUGGCAUCCAACCAACCCAUUACGUCAUCAUAAUCUCCCCUAUUCAUUUUCAUGCUUUCAUCCUUCAUUUUUCCACCUACUGCCACAACAAGCUCCUUAAUCCCCGAUUCCAUUUCCAUCAAAACAACACACUUUAUUGAACCUUAAUUGUUUCUCUCUCUCUCUCUCUCAGACACACACUUUUCUUUCAUUCUUUGUGUCUGAAUUCUUGGAUUCAUCUGACAAACAUCUUCAACCUUCAAAAACAUCAUCCUGUUUACAUCUAGAACCAGGUUUUAACUAGUCUCUGUUAUUACUCAUUCAACUAGGUUAGAAAACUCUGUUCAAGUUCUGUUUAACCCUUUACAUGCUUUCUUUCUUUCCAACUAUCCACUGAUUUGAAGCUUGUUAUUCAAAUGAAAUCAGGGUUCUGAAUUUUUGUAGCUGAUAUAUCCAGAAGAGAAAUAGGAAAUUGGAGAAUUAAGUAUCCUCGUUGCAUGAUCAUUGAUGAACUAAAAUAUCUAUAUCAACUCUGUUUGUGUUAAUAUAGAACAAAGUUUCAAGCGGUAACAACAGGUUAGAAUGGAUUCAUUCAAUCAGAGUCAUCAAACUACCAGCUUCAGGAACAUUCAUAACAUAUGCAUCUAUGAUAAUCAGGAUGUGUAUGCUAAGUUCUCUCUUACAUACAACCCUGAUGAGACUCUCUCCACCAGAAUCAUAAAUGGAGGUGGAAAACACCCAAUAUUCAAUGAAAACUUGAAGAUGAAGAUAACCCAGAUGGAUGCUGUUCUCAAGUGUGAGAUUUGGAUGUUCAGUAGGUCAAGAAAUCACUUGGAAGACCAGCUUUUGGGAUUUGCUUUGGUCCAAAUUUCACAAGUUGUUGGCAAAGGAAAGGUGACAGAAGAUUAUAGCCUUUCCUCCACUGAUCUUUUCCAUUGUCCUGCUGGAACUGUCCAAUUAACACUUUCUUUGGACACAUCAUUCUCAAUCAGUUCCACUGUGAAUCCCAUAUCACAAUCAGUUACUAAUUCAUCCAUAUCUUCAGAAGUUGUUUUGCUUGAUCCAAAAGUUUCACAAGAUAUGUCAGACCCAGUUGAGUAUUCUAGAAUUGAAUUUCCUGAUGUUAGUGUGAUGAAGGAGAACCAGAAAAUGGUUUCUGAGUACUUCAAUUUGGAAUCUUAUGGUUCUUAUGCUUCAAGGCCUAAUUACUCAGUGGGAUUGCUACCAUUUCUUCACCUCGGUGCUUCUCCUCAAGGUGAUGAUUAUGAAAUGACUGUGACUGCACCAGAUGAGAAUCAUGAGUCCACUUCUCCAAAUGAGACCAUUCGGAAUCCUGUGUUCCCUACCUCUACUACUACAAGCUUAAGUGAUGAAAGAAACUCAGGUGAUUCAGUUGAGGAAAAGAAUAAUUUGAGGGGUGACUCAUCAAAUUCUUUCAAUGUUUCAAUCACAGUUGAAGGUUGUCAGAAUUCUGGUGGCAGUCCAGAAACCCCAACUUCCAAGAAAGAAAGUGGAGCUAGAGAUGACAAGGAGUCAAAGUUCUCGUCAAGCAAGGAAAAGGAGAUCAAUAGUGAUAGGAAUACAGAAGCUACAAGAUUUGGUCAAGUUUUUUCUGCUUCACUAGGGAACAUCAACAUGGAGGCUGAGCAAUCAGCUAUGCAGCAGCAAAUAGUUACCAUGUACAUGAGAAGCAUGCAACAAUUCACUGAGUCUUUGGCAAAAAUGAAGCUUCCAAUGGACCUUGACAAACCUGAAAGUGAAGGUCAACUUGGUGUGAUUCAAAAUCCUAAUAGCAGUAAGUUAGAAACUGAUAAGAAAAAGGAUGGAUCACGUGUGUUUUACGGUAGCCGAGCAUUCUUCUAGUUAUAUCUUGACGCAACAUGUGUGGAGUGCCAAAAGAAUGUGGUUAGGGAUUUGAUCUCCAGGAUUAAGAGAUGUUAAUCCUUUUAAUGGAUCUCAAUGCCUCUAAUGAUUAGUCUCCGGCUUUCCGUCGGAAAUACUCCAGAUUCACUAAAAAAAAAUGUUUAUAUCUUGAUGCUGCCUCCACAUGAAUUGUUUAGUUUAUUGUAACACGGGGUACCUCAGUUUCUCUGAUGAUAUUUAUCAAUUAUGACAGAUUUUAGUUAAUCCUGUGUUGCUUAACCUUCCGUUUAUAAAAUCUUGUAUUUUAGUGCACCACUGUACUCCAAAAAAGAUGAUACCUUCA